GUAUAUCAUGAGUCUGUUAAAGAUUCCCUUCAUCAUAGCUCCGGCCAUUGGCAUCCAUAUUUCGUUCAGUUCUUUUUCUCCGCCGCCUUCACUCGAAGAGAAGGUGGAACCCCCCAGGUUCGAACUCGUCAUCCUACGGUUCGAAGGUCUUUGGGGUAAUGAUAUAAAAAAGAUCUGCACAUGGGCAGCAUCGUCUAUUGAAGUGGCCAACAUCCUUGUCACACAUAUAGAUCCCUCGCAAAUUCCAGAGGGCAUCUAUGGUGCCAGAGCCCUGCAGUUUUUGCGCGCUCUUCACCCUACGCCAAUCAGCCCCGCUUUCCUUGCCGGAAGUCUUGCUGUCACGAUUGGUGGCGUAUUGAGGUUUUAUUGUAUGUCGACGUUGGGGAAGUAUUGGAGCUGGCCGCUCAGCGUCAGACGAGAACACAGACUUGUGACGAGUGGGCCAUACUCUCUCGUUCGCCACCCAAGUUAUACUGGUUUCCUUUUCCAAUAUAUUGGGCUCCUUGCCAUGUAUGGAGAGCAAGGAGCGUGGUUGAGGCAGUCUGGGAUUUUACAAGUGCCUUUAGUAAACGUGCUAGUAAUAAUCCUCCUCUUCGGACUUACAUUAUGUGCUUGGAUGUGCAUCACUCGACCUCUAGUGGAGGACAAGAUGCUCCAGCGUGCACUGGGAAAAGACUGGGAAAAUUGGGCGAGGAGGGUGAGGUACCGAUUGCUCCCUGGGGUUUAUUGAUCACAUACAUACUGAGCGUUCCGCACGGUCGUUUCUUUGUUAUACGGGAUUGGUGUUUUAUGAUGUCUUGGGUCCAUUGUACACGUGUUAUAUAAACCAUAAAAGGGAUCCGCGUGCAUGGCAAGGAUGCUAAUUAGCAGACAAUACUGCCCAUGUACAGAU